AUGGGCAAAUCUAGCGAUCGUCACAUUGCCAGCGAGGGUGAAUUUUUCAAGCUAGGGGAAGUUCUUGAAAAAACUGCCAAAGACACAUCCACGUGUUUAAAGCUGCUAAAGACGCAUUUGUCCGAAUACGAUAGUCGCAAUGGCAACCAUUUCAUCAACACGGCUUCGUCCUACAUGCGCAGCGAUAUGCGCACUGCGAAGGAUAUGGCAUCGGAGCUGACACAUGUGGGCCAUCGAAUCGCCUCGAAUCACAAACCGAACAAGUCGGAGAUUUUGUCAGCUCGGAACAUGAAGGAAGCGACGACCAAGGCAAUCGACUCGCUCAAGAUAUCGGCUCGCAAUUACGACAGAGAGAAUGGUCAACGCAUGGGUGUGAAAGGUACGAUCGAUGCUGUCGUUGGUGGACACUCUGACAACAAGGUUGAACGCGAGGGUGGAUUAUUCAAUAACAUGCAUGGGCAUGAGACGACGAACCACCAUAAAGGGAUGUUUCAGACCAAAGACGACAAUGGUGGCGGUAUUAUGGGAAGUUCGGAAACCGUGGAGACACUCGUAACAAAGAUCCUUCGCGAUCAUUUCGAUCUGAGUGCGUUGGAGUAUCAGAUCACGGCUGCAGAGAAAUCUCUUUCGCUUUCAAUCGUGGAACGUGCGAAAGAAAAAAUCCACGAUGUGAAGGAAAAGUUAACGGGCGAUCAUACUGAUGGUCAUGUCCACCAUUAUGGUGGGCACCACUCUCACAACAAAACGGUGUCUCCGUAG